UUUCUGUUUGACAUCACUAUCACCGGGUCAUUCUUUUAUCGUUUUCUCAUCACUAUUUGUCUAUGCCGUAUAGUGUCAUGUGUACCAAAUUGCUUGUUAUUGUGUCUAGCUUUUGCUUGUCUGCUGUCUGUCGGCUUUGAUUCAUCAGCCAGUUUAUGUCAAUGUUUCGAAAAUGAGUGGCGUUAGGUUAGAGGUACUUUGGUCCCCAGUACACCCUGAUAAGUUUGUCACUUGGGGUACAGAUAUAAAUCUCUUUGAGGUUAAACCAAUCAAAGAUGCUCCCCAAUCAAGUUUCAAGAUAUCUGAAACUACUGUUGCCCAUCGCUUGGCCUCUAACUCUAGUUCCCCUUAUGUCAAAUGUGUUGACAUAUACCCUCACCAUGAGGCCGACGUAUUGUUAGCUCUUGGACAGAUCAAUGGAAAAGUUGUUUUGACUACUUUUGGACCGACAGUUUUUGACUGUCUUGGUCUGGCAGGGAAAGAACUAGUACCACGUCAUGGACGUCAGUGUAACACUGUAGCAUGGAAUCCAUCAGAAUCGAAUCUUAUUGCUGCUGGCCUGGAAAAACAUCGCACAGACCAUUCAGUACUCCUCUGGGACUUACAACGUUGUCCACACUCUAAUGGCCACUCAUCUCACCAUGCUCCAUCAUCUAUGGAACCAACACGCCCAAGCGCUGAGCUUGGUUUGUCCGAAACUGCCCACUCCCUAGCAUGGCUGAGAGGUCAACCGCGCUGUCUAAUGGUUGGAUUAAAUAACAAGCAUUUAAAAUUAUUUGACUUUAGAGACCCUGGAAGAGCAGUAAGUUCUACCCCUACCAAGGCUGUUUAUGGCCUAGCAGUGGACCCACAAGCAGAUCACAGACUUGCAUCUUUUGUUGAAAACCAAAUUUAUGUUUGGGAUACUCGCAAUUUUGAGAAACCAGUGCUCUUUCUGUCUCAAAACAAACCAGUGUCAAAAGUUUCAUGGUGUCCUACUAGGAACAACCUUUUGGGCACUCUUCAACGUGACAGCACAUGUAUUGGCUUGUACGAUAUUCAGCCUACUAUGGUUGGUAAUGAUGAAGUAGAGCCAUCUUUUUUGGAACGGGCUGUGCUACCUGGUGUGACAGGAGUAGUUGGAGGGGUUCAAGCUUCUGCAGCUGGAGCAAUCACAUCAUUUUCCUGGCAUCCAACUCAUGAAAACCGACUUAUCAACAUAAAUUUGUCAGGUAAUUUGACUGACUACACUGUAUUUGAGAGAAUCACUUUGAACUGGUCUCCCAGUAAUCAUAUUGUUUGGACUCAUGGAUGGAGGACACUCAAAACUGUCUGUGAUAAAGAUCCUAUAUAUAGUACUAUUGACAAUGAAGCCAUGCUCAUUAAGAAAAGAGCACUGUCUGGUUAUGGGUUAAGUACUAAUCUUGAAGAAAAUGGGGAUUUAGCUGAAAGCAAAGAUCUGAAACGCCUAUGGAGGUGGUUACAACUCAGUGCAACUCUGGUUGAAGAGGGUUUGGUUCCAAACAAUAACACUGGACACCCUGGUGUGAGAUCGGUUUUAAAAAAGCCUGAGGGAAGUCAACCUACUGGGAGUGAGACCUCUAACGCACACGGACCAUGGGCUGAAAUAAAUGCUUGCCACAUCAGUGCCAGAGUAUAUAGGAGUGAAGAACGUGAACAUGCCCUUCAGUUGUGUGGAUGGUCUUUGGACAGAGAUCAGUUUCUCGGGCAGUUAGAAUCAGCAGGCUACUAUUCCAGAGCUGCAGCUAUUGCAGUUUUUAAUCUUCGAUUACCACAAGCUGUUAAUAUAUUAAGGAAAGGUGCUGAACAUCCCCGCACCACUUCGCCUGCAAACCUAAAUAUUGUUGCCGUAGCCCUGUCAGGUUUUUCUGAUGAUAAAACAAGCAUGUGGAGACAGCAGUGUAUUGCCUCAAAACAAUAUCUCACUGAUCCAUACCUCAGAGUUAUGUUUGCAUUCCUUACUGCAGAAAGUGAGAGUUAUGAGGAAGUUUUGGAAGAGAAUGAAGUCACUGUUGAAGAUCGAGUUGCAUUUGCUUGUUGUUUCUUAUCAGAUGUAAAGCUAUCAGAAUACCUCCGUAAUUUGACUGCAAAGUUAACAGAUGAGGGAGAUCUUGGAGGAAUUCUUUUAACUGGAACGACGCUGGAGUGCAUUCCUUUACUUCAACGCUUUUUGGAUAGAACAGGGGACAUUCAAAGUAUAAGUUUCAUUGCUGCAAGGGCAUUUCCUCCACAUUUAUUGAAAGAAGAUAGCGUGCAAGAAUGGAUAUCAAAUUAUCGCAAUUUACUGGAUAGCUGGAAAUUAUGGACUCAAAGGGCUCACUUUGACAUAGCAUUAAGUGCCAGAACUGAGUCUGAUAAACCACCCCAACAAGUUUUUGUCUCGUGUAAUUUUUGUGCGAAAAGUGUUUCAGCUUUUAUGCAGGGACGGGGCAGAGGGUUGUUUGCAAGGGUGCCAAACAAGUCGAAGGUGUGUAAGAUAACUUCUUGCCCUAACUGCCGUAAACCUCUUCCACGCUGUUCCAUUUGUCUUUUAAAUAUGGGAUCUGCAUCUGGAGCCUACAGUGUGAAAGCGGGAAGUACAACAAACAGAACUAUUGAGCCAGGGUCUAACUCAGACAAAUUAGCAGAGUUUGCUAAUUGGUUCACAUGGUGUCAGUCUUGUCGGCAUGGUGGCCAUGCCUCUCACAUUAUGCAUUGGUUCAGUGAACAUUUGGAAUGCCCAGUGACAGCCUGUGCUUGUCGCUGUAUGUCUCUGGACUUUGCUGCAAAAGUUAUUUCUGUACCUGUAGUGUA